UAAUAUUUUUGUAAUUCACAACUUGGCAACACUGUCUUUUUCAUUUUAGAAUCAAGAUUGUCCGGGAUGGCUGACGCUCCGUCAACUGCGCCUAAGGCGAAGGCGCCUAAAACUAAGGCCCCUAAAGAGAAAGCAGCGAAGGCUGCACCAGCUGCGCCCGCAGAACCACAGAAGGCAAUCCGUAAGGUGUCAUCCAAGCCCAGGCAUGGCAGGCUCUACGCCAAGGCAGUGUUCACAGGAUACAAACGCGGUCUCCGCAACCAACACGAGAACACCGCUCUUCUAAAGAUUGAGGGUGCCAAGGACCGCGACGAUGCCGUGUUCUACGCCGGCAAAAAGUGCGUAUAUGUGUACAGAGCUAAGAAGAGGACCCCCAUUCCCGGAGGUCCCCGCGGCAAGAAGACCAAGCUUCGCGCUAUUUGGGGUAAGGUGACCAGGCCGCACGGUAACUCCGGCAGCGUGCGUGCCCGCUUCAAGUCCAACCUCCCCGCCCAGGCUAUGGGCCACAGGAUACGAGUGAUGUUGUAUCCCUCAAGGAUCUAAUCAUCCAUCUUAUUGUAAGAAUAAAACAUAAAAACCCA